UCAGACCGUUGAGGAACCAAGUUACCCUUUUUUCAAACCUCACAAAAGACUUACCUUUUAAUCAUCUCUUCCCUCUUCACUUCAUUCAAACAAAACGCACACAGAGCUUCCUCAACCCUCAACAAUGGCGGACAAUUUCGAUCAUCUGACCCAAACCCAUCUCCCCUUUCAUUCCAUCGACCCCAGAUCCCUCCUCCUCCACCAGAACUCCGCCACCCACCACUACUUUCCUCUCCAGCUCACCGCGGAGACUUUUUCCAUGGAAAGAGGACCAAGGUACAGAGCCUAUGCAGAGCUUAGAGAAUCCAAGCUCCGAUUGAGAAACUCCAUGUACCGUGACGGCGAACAGCCCGAGAAAUCCACGCCACCGGCGAAGAAGCAAGUGAGAUUCGUGGGUUCGGAGACCGUUCGGAAAAGGUCGGCAACAGUAGCGCAAUCGGUGCCGGAUUUCUCUUCUGUAUUGAGGAAGGAGAACAAAAGGCCACCGCCGGGGUUAUCGCCGGUGAUGGAGAUGACACCGCCAGGGAAGACGUGGGGGAAGAAUAACAUUGGAGGGAUAUCGGCGAAUUCGAGGGGGAGUAAGUCAGCGAGUGCAGGGGAGAAAAGGGGCGGAGGGUUGGCGGCGGCGAGGAAGAGCUACGCUGGAUUUGAGGAGCUGAAGGGGUUUUCCACUGCGGCGGCAAACGCCAUUAACGGUGAAAACAAGAGAGGAGGUGGAAGGAGAGGGAAGACUGUAUUGGGUGUUAGACAGAUUUGAAAGAAACAAGAACUGGCUGAGAAGAUCUGCUUUUGUUAAUGUUCUUCCACUUUCUUUUAAAUUUUGUUGCUUUGAUUGGAUUUUGAGGGUAUUUUUAAUUCUUUUAUUGUAAUGGAUAAUUUGGAUUUGUGAAAAUAAUGAAUGAGGGGAAGAACAAUUGCUGCAAAGAUUA